GCGGGGUGGUGACAGGCCUAGAAGCGCCAAGUCCCUGCCACCUCCGCAGACUGCGCGGCGGCUCAGGCCUGGGCCCUCGCACUUGCCGCGGUGUUGGCUCCCGCAGCCCCGCGUCCAGGCCUCUGCGAGAUGACGCUCAAGGCGAGCGAGGGCGAGGGAGGGGGCAGCAUGCGCUCGGCGCUCUCUGACCUCUACCUGGAGCACUUGCUGCAGAAACGCAACCGGCCAGAGGCUGUGUCUCAUCAACUGAACGCUGUGCCUGACAUGCACACCAACGGAGCUGCUGACCAGGCAGAGGGGCGGGAAGUGCAGAAAGUGCGACUCAUACAGUUUGAGAAGGUCACGGAGGAGCCCAUGGGAAUAACUCUGAAGCUGAAUGAAAAGCAGUCCUGCACUGUAGCCAGAAUUCUUCAUGGUGGCAUGAUUCAUAGGCAAGGUUCCCUUCAUGUGGGGGAUGAGAUCUUGGAAAUCAAUGGCACAAAUGUGACAAACCACUCAGUAGAUGAGCUGCAAAAGGCAAUGAAAGAAACCAAAGGAAUCAUCUCAUUAAAAGUAAUUCCUAACCAACAAAAUCGUCUUCCUGCUCUACAGAUGUUCAUGAGAGCACAAUUUGACUAUGAUCCCAAAAAAGAUAAUCUGAUUCCUUGCAAGGAGGCGGGACUGAAGUUUGUCACUGGGGACAUUAUCCAGAUCAUCAACAAGGAUGACAGCAACUGGUGGCAGGGGAGGGUGGAAGGCUCCUCCAAGGAGUCGGCAGGCUUGAUCCCUUCCCCUGAGCUGCAAGAAUGGCGUGUGGCGAGUGUGGCGCAGUGUGCUCCGAGUGAGGCACCAAGCUGUAGUCCCUUUGGGAAGAAGAAGAAGUACAAAGACAAGUACCUCGCCAAACACAGCUCAAUUUUUGACCGGUUGGACGUUGUUUCCUACGAGGAAGUUGUUCGGCUUCCCGCAUUCAAGAGGAAGACCCUGGUGCUGAUCGGAGCCAGUGGGGUGGGCCGCAGCCACAUCAAGAAUGCACUGCUGAGCCAGAAUCCAGAGAAGUUUGUGUACCCUGCCCCAUAUACUACACGACCACCAAGGAAGAGUGAGGAAGAUGGGAAGGAGUACCACUUCAUCUCAACGGAGGAGAUGACCAGGAACAUCUCUGCCAAUGAGUUCUUGGAGUUUGGCAGCUAUCAGGGAAACAUGUUUGGCACGAAAUUUGAAACAGUGCACCAGAUUCAUAAGCAGGAUAAGAUUGCCAUCCUUGACAUUGAACCCCAGACCCUGAAGAUUGUUCGGACGGCAGAACUUUCACCUUUCAUUGUGUUCAUUGCGCCUACUGACCAGGGUGCUCAGACUGAAGCCCUGCAGCAGCUGCAGAAGGACUCCGAUGCCAUCCGCAGCCAGUAUGCUCACUACUUUGACCUCUCGCUGGUCAAUAAUGGUGUGGAUGAAACCCUUAAGAAACUGCAAGAAGCCUUUGAGCAAGCAUGCAGCUCUCCACAGUGGGUGCCUGUCUCAUGGGUUUAUUAAGGUUGCACACUGUGGAGGAGGCAGUCUUUCCAGCAUUCAGAACUCUGUUCCUUUUGCUUUAAGACAAAUAGCACUGCUGCAACUAGCCCUGUCGCUUCCAGCUCUCUGCAACUAUCAUUGGCCAAUAGGACUAAAUCUUCCUGCGUGGGCU